GUUCACCUACCCUGUCCUGCAAGAUGGCUUCACCCAUUCCUGCUCUAGAAUGGUAAGGGCUCUACCACUCUAUGACCUCGAAGGGGAAUAUCUUUUCCGGAUGUGACAGUACGUUGACCCGGAAAAGGAGGCGGCCGGGAUAGUGGUGCUUUGGCGGCGGCUAUGGAAGGAUCUGGCUACCGAGUGGUGUUUGAGAAGGGAGGUGUCUACCUGCACACCAGCGCCCGGAAGCACCAGGACCCAGACUCCCUCAUCGCCGGCGUUAUCCGUGUCGUGGAGAAGGACAAUGACGUCCUCCUGCACUGGGCUCCUGUGGAGGAGGCUGGAGAUUCCACCCAAAUCCUCUUCUCCAAGAAGGACUCCAGUGGGGGUGACCCCUACCCCUCUGAGGAAGAACCCACCUUUGACCCUGGCUAUGAACCUGACUGGGCUGUCAUCAGUACUGUGCGGCCACGGCUCCACCAAUCAGAGCCUGCCAGAGGAACAGAGCCCAGCUCCCCCCGGGGCCAGUGGGCCUUCUCAGUGAGUCUGGCGGAGCUCAAGUCCAUCCGCCGGUCUAAGCCAGGCCUUAGCUGGGCCUACCUGGUGCUGGUGACCCAAGCUGGAGGCUCCCUGCCUGCCCUGCACUUCCACCGUGGCGGCACCCGAGCCCUGCUCCGAGUUCUUAGCCGCUACCUGCUGCUGGCCAGCUCCCCACAGGACUCCCGCCUCUACCUUGUCUUUCCCCAUGACUCCUCUGCCCUCUCCAACUCCUUCUACCACCUGCAGCUCUUUGACCAGGACAGCUCCAACGUGGUCUCUCGCUUCCUCCAAGACCCCUACUCCACCACCUUCAGCAGCUUCUCCCGAGUGACCAACUUUUUUCGGGGAGCCCUGCAGCCACACUCCGAGGGGGCCUCCUCCCCUGACCUUCGCCCCCCACCCGAUGAUGAGCCUGGGUUUGAGGUCAUCUCCUGUGUGGAGCUGGGACCGCGGCCGGCUGUGGAGCGCACCCCUCCAGUCACAGAGGAGGAGUGGGCCCGCCACGUGGGCCCCGAGGGCCGCCUGCAGCAGGUCUCUGAGCUGAAGAACCGGAUCUUCUCGGGGGGUCUGAGCCCCAGCCUGCGGCGUGAGGCCUGGAAGUUUCUCCUGGGCUACCUCAGCUGGGAGGGCUCAGCCGAGGAGCACAGGGCCUACGUGCGCAAAAAAACGGACGAGUAUUUCCGCAUGAAGCUUCAGUGGAAGUCCGUGAGCCCAGAGCAGGAGCGGAGGAACUCACUCCUGCACGGCUACCGCAGCCUCAUUGAGAGAGACGUGAGCCGCACUGACAGGACCAACAAGUUCUACGAGGGCCCUGAGAACCCUGGGCUGGGCCUGCUGAACGACAUCCUCCUCACCUACUGCAUGUACCACUUCAACCUCGGCUACGUCCAGGGCAUGAGUGACCUCCUCUCCCCGAUCCUCUACGUCAUCCAGAACGAGGUGGAUGCGUUCUGGUGUUUCUGCGGCUUCAUGGAGCUCGUGCACGGGAACUUUGAGGAGAGUCAGGAGACCAUGAAGCGGCAGCUGGGGCAGCUCCUGCUACUGCUGAAGGUGCUGGACCAGCCGCUGUGUGAUUUCCUGGAUUCCCAGGACUCUGGCUCUCUCUGCUUCUGCUUCCGGUGGCUGCUCAUCUGGUUCAAGAGGGAAUUCCCCUUCCCAGACAUCCUCCGGCUGUGGGAGGUGCUGUGGACGGGGCUUCCGGGUCCCAAUCUGCACCUGCUGGUGGCCUGCGCCAUCCUGGACAUGGAGCGGGACACCCUCAUGCUGUCGGGCUUUGGCUCCAACGAGAUCCUGAAGCACAUCAACGAGCUGACCAUGAAGCUGAGCGUGGAGGACGUGUUGACGCGCGCCGAGGUGCUGUACCGGCAGCUCGCCGCCUGCCUGGAGCUGCCCCACAACGUGCAGGAAGUCCUGGGUCCCUCAGCUGACCGUCUCCUCCUCUGA